UCUCUCUGUGCCAUGUUUAUCUGUUCAAUCCGGUUUUCGAUUCGAAGCAAACACAGUAUGAAGCUGAAAGCUUUCUCCUGAAUCUCGUCUUUGUAUCCGUCUUUAUCGAACUUCUUUUCUCCAUGGAAGCAUUGCUUCUCUGCUCAAAGGUCGUCCCUCUAAGGACGCCGUUGGAAGGAAACCGAAAGUUUUCGUUCAGGCAUUUGAACAAACACCUUAAGUGCAAUUCUCUUCCUGCUUCUUCCAGAAACGCUCCGUUACUCCGCAGCUUUGAGGCCAUCAAGGGUCCGUCCAGCUUGAGAUAUCCUCCGUCCCCAGUGAGAAAAGGUUUAUCUUUUCUGCCCAGAUGCUCGAUUUCCACCUCAACCGUUCCCGAUUCCGACAACCCUUUCCUUAGCAAGUUCCGACAGCUUCUCAAUAAAGUAUCUCAGCUGAAAGUGAAGCCCUUUGAUGCUCUCAAGUUAACUCUUGUACUAUCAAUCGCGACUCUGGCCGCGAAAAAGAUUGUGACUUUGGCCUUCAACCCAUUCUUCUGGAUGUAUUUCAGCUGGACGUGGCUCUUCUGGCCUUGGUUUAUCGCUCUUGGUCUCGCGGGCUACGGUGUUUACUGCUUCCGUAAGCAUUGCCUCGGCGAAGCCAACGCCUUUGAGCAGCUUGGCGUCGUAACUUCACUCUUCACCUGGCUUACACUCGUCCCUCCUGCUUACUUCAACGGCUAUCUCGAAGGCUGGCCCUUUGUCUUCUUCUUCGCUUACCAUUACUUCUUCUUCUUCAAUGUAAGCGUGAGGAAACGCCUCUAUGGAGAUUACUACCCACGCACUCACGAUCCCAAAUGGGAUGUGGAGACGCCUCUGUGGUCUCGUGUUUCGUUUGGUGUUGGCGUCGUGGUUGGACACUGGCUCGCGGCUUUCGAAGGCCCCGAGCUCCACCGUUUACCAGGUGGUUGGGCUAAUGUAGGGAUAUGGGGUUUGAUUGUGGUUACAAUGCUUAUGCAUUAUGAUUCGACGCUUUAUCUAGCUAGAUAUUCAGAAAAAGUGGUUGUUCCGACGGAUGUUGUGCAGUUUGGUCCUUAUAGAUGGAUCAGGCAUCCGAUAUACGCUUCUACGAUGCUUCUUUUCUCCACGUACUGCACCGCGCUGCGUGCGCCGUUGAGUCUGUUGUUUCUUGUGGCGGUUUGUUUGGUUUACUACAGCAAGAAGGCGAAGCUGGAGGAAGAGUUGAUGGUGGAGAGCUUCGGUCAAAGGUAUUUGGAUUAUGCUGGUAAGGUUAGGCACAACUUCAUUCCUUUUGUUUACUAGUGCGUUAGAGAGGGAGAACAUGUGUUGUUGUGUCUAAAUUAUUAUCUGGUAUCUAUCUAUCAGUCAAAGAUGUAUGAGUUGGAUUGUUCCAUUUUUAUGUGGAAAUGUUAGGCAUGUGAAAAGGAUAUGCUGUUAUGUUAUUUUGCGACUCUCCUUAAAUCUUAAAUUCAAGAUA